UUGUGAACAGAGGGAGGGUUCCUCAUUACAAAGCUGUCAGCAGAAGGAGAAACCAUGAUCCGGGUUUCUAUCAUAGUCAUUGUUUUGCUGAUAGUCAGCAUCGAUGCGAAGCCAAUGAAUAAACUUUCAGAUGAACACAUGAAGGAAAUGGUUGUGUCCACUGAUGACGACGGGAAGCUGUUCUGGGGAGUCAUGGUUGAGCCUCCAGAGGACCUGGAUAGGAUUCAGUUUGAGGUCGACCCCAGUAUGAAAAUCUGGAACAGCGUGAAGAACAGCGGCCAGGACAAACAUUACCUGAAGCCUGAGGAGGAUCGGGAUGAGAUUUACCAUCCUUCAACAUCUGAGCUCCAAGCUCAAAUGAGAAAGUUUGGAUACCAAGCUAAAGAGAAGGAUGAAGACCAGUAUUCGCCUGCAUGGAUGGAGCACAGCAGUGAGAGAGAGGUAAGAAUUCAUCUUCAGCCUGAGGAAGACAUAGAUGACCUUUACCACAAACAGCCUCUCAUAUCGGUCCUUCAACAAGAGGUGGCUGAAGCUCCUGCUGACCUUCCCUCUCAAAGGAAGUACGCCAAGCCAGAGGAAGAUCUGGAUGAUAUUUACCAUAAAAAACCCCUCCUGCCAGUUCUUCAACAAGAGGUGGUCGAAGCUCCUGCUGACCUUCGCUCUCAAAGGAAGUACGCUAUGCCAGAGGAAGAUCUGGAUGAUAUUUACCAUAAAAAACCCCUCCUGCCAGUUCUUCAACAAGAGGUGGUCGAAGCUCCUGCUGACCUUCGCUCUCAAAGGAAGUACGCUAUGCCAGAGGAAGAUCUGGAUGAUAUUUACCAUAAAAAACCCCUCCUGCCAGUUCUUCAACAAGAGGUGGUCGAAGCUCCUGCUGACCUUCCCUCUCAAAGGAAGUACGCCAAGCCAGAGGAAGAUCUGGAUGAUAUUUACCAUAAAAAACCCCUCCUGCCAGUUCUUCAACAAGAGGUGGUCGAAGCUCCUGCUGACCUUCGCUCUCAAAGGAAGUACGCUAUGCCAGAGGAAGAUCUGGAUGAUAUUUACCAUAAAAAACCCCUCCUGCCAGUUCUUCAACAAGAGGUGGUCGAAGCUCCUGCUGACCUUCGCUCUCAAAGGAAGUACGCUAUGCCAGAGGAAGAUCUGGAUGAUAUUUACCAUAAAAAACUCCUCCUGCCAGUCCUUCAACAAGAGGUGGCUGAAGCUCCUGCUGACCUUCCCUCUCAAAGGAAGUAUGCUAUGCCAGAGGAAGAUCUGGAUGAUAUUUACCAUAAAAAACUCCUCCUGCCAGUCCUUCAACAAGAGGUGGCUGAAGCUCCUGCUGACCUUCCCUCUCAAAGGAAGUACGCUAAGCCAGAGGAAGAUCUGGAUGAUAUUUACCAUAAAAAACUCCUCCUGCCAGUUCUUCAACAAGAGGUGGCUGAAGCUCCUGCUGACCUUCCCACUCAAAGGAAGUAUGCCAACCCAGAGGAAGAUCUGGAUGGACUCUAUCACAAGUGAUCCAAGCAUACAGCAGUUAUUUUAAACGGCUCAGGCGCAACAUGUAAAUGCAUUUGUGUAAUUUUAUUCUAUUAAACUGCUUUAGAGUAACACA